UAUAGACAAAAGGAAAAAUACAAAAAAAAAAAAAAGAUGGCAGUUGCAUGCAUUGUUCAUGGAGGAAAUGCAGCCAGUACGUACGAACCUAUUGAUUACAAGGUCAUUCAAAGUUCAAAUCAUCCUAAUUACAGUGUCCGAUUUGUGAACCCAAAUUUAUGCGACCCCAAUGUGACACAGUAUUCUGGGUAUUUGGAUAUGGGACCGAAUAACCAUUAUUUUUUCUGGUUUUUUGAAAGCAAGAGUAAUCCAGAUGCCAGGCCCUUGACAGCAUGGUUGAAUGGUGGACCUGGUUGUUCCAGUAUGAUUGGAUUGUGGCAAGAGAAUGGACCUUGUCGGAGCCAUGGUGAUGGUACGGAGAUUGGUUAUAACGCCAAUACCUGGACGCAUUUUUCAAAUAUGCUUUUUAUUGAUCAGCCAAAUGGAGUUGGAUAUUCUUACGGUGACCCAUUACAAUUUAAUGUGGAGCAAGGUGCGACCCAAUUUUAUGAAGCGUUACAAUUAUUCUAUGAGGUCUUUCCAAAGUAUCGUGAGGUUCCCUUUCAUUUGUUUGGAGAAUCUUUUGCGGGCCGAUAUAUACCUCAUUAUGCAGAUUACAUUGUGAAGCAAAAUCAGUUGCUACAAGGUGUUGUAAACCCUCGUGGGAAGGAAAUUCCGAUUGAUUCUGUGGGGAUUGGAAAUGGAUGGAUCAAUCCGCUUAUUCAAUUUAAACAUGCUGCUGGUAUGGCAUGCGAUUCUAGCUAUGGACCACUUGUAUCAUCGGAUGUUUGUGAACAAAUGAAGGGUAAUUACCCGACGUGUGCAAAAUUAAUUGAAAGGUGUUACGAGACAGAUGAGCAAUAUGCGUGUGUAGCAGCGGAUAGAUAUUGUACAGAAAACAUUGAUUUAUUGUUCCAGACAUCUGGGCUCAACUAUUACGAUGUUCGAAAGGGAUCCAGAGAGAUUGAUCCACCUGAGGAUUAUGUGCGUAUUUUAAAUAACCCCGAGUUCCAACAAGCGAUUGGUGUUGAGUCUUUAAAGUUCGAGCAAUGUGCUGAAAGGCCUUAUGAUGCCAUGAGUAGAUCAGGAGAAGGAGCGCGAGAUUCAUCACCCGCUCUUGCUUCAUUGUUGAACAAUGGUGUUCGAGUUUUAAAUUAUGUAGGUGAUGCGGAUUAUUUAUGCAAUUGGUACGGAAAUUAUGAGACAAUGGAGCAACUCCGGUUCAACGGAAGCAGCGAAUAUAACAAACAAAGUUUAAAGCCAUGGAUUUACCGUGGUAGAGAAGUGGGACAGAUGAAGGGUACAAAUAGAUUGACCUUUAUUCGAGUGUACAAUGCAGGACACGAAGUCCCUUAUUACCAACCUCAAAAUGCCUUGGCCAUGUUUUAUACUUGGAUAUUUAAAAAAGAAUUCUAAUAAGUCGUAUUUUAUAUAAAAAUAGUUUUUUAUAUAAUA